UUGGAGAGUGGAUGGGUAGCUGGUGGCGCGAUAGCAACAAGAGUACUACCUCCAUUGAGUCCCCUCCGUCUAAUCAAGAGCGGCCAUCUUCUCCAGGGGGUGAAGAUACAGAACAAGGCUCUACGGCCAAGAAAGAGCCUCAGAAACGCAAAACUCUCAACCCAUUUACGAUGCCAUCAUGGAUGACCUCUCAAAAGCCCGAUAGCACGAUCGCAACCGCUUCAUCUCCUGAUCGAAGACGGCCUCCGCGUAAAUUGUCUGUAGCCAUUGGCCCCUUCAUCGCUUCAGAUGGCUCCCCAACUUCCAGUCGAAUCCAACCUACCCCUACUUCUGCUUUGAUGCCUACCAUUGCCCCUCAAAUUUCAACCCCACCAGAUGGGACCCCCAUUCCCUCCAGUCGCGUGUCUGUAAUCACAAAGGCAACCAAAGAAGAACAUCCUACCUUGCCGUCAGGUCCACAUCCCAGUCACAUCCGAGCAAUAUCGUAUGCAACCCGGGUUAUGAGCUCGGACCCACAUAGCAUUAUGGUAGACGGUGGCGUAUCUCCUUUCAUCGCACAGCUCGGACAUGCCCUUGUCUUUAAUCUCAAAGAGGAUACGUCUUUUACCCUUCGUGAGGGUCGUGGUGGGGCCAGGUCGUUCAAGGAAAAGACACCGCCUGUCCCGGUCGCCUCAGACGUACCGUUGCCCGCAUCAGCCGUUGUUCAUAUGGAGGCCACUGAGACUCGAGCAACCCUCGUCUCUAAUCUCAGUAAAACAUUGAACAAGAAGUCGUCCCGCUAG